CAACAACAAUCUCUCUCUCUCUCUCCUCUUCUCUUUCUCUCUCUAGAAUGAAACCAACUCUGAAGGGUCUUCUGGGUUCGUCUUCUGGAAGCGGAAGCUCCUCCAACGAGUCUUCACCUGCGUCCAAGGUCGAGGAAGAUUACGUUGUCAGCAAAAACAUGUCGUCCGAAGCGACGUCGUACGGAGCCGAGGCAGAGCUCGAGCUGGGCCUGGGCCUCAGCCUCGGCGGGAGGACCGGUCCCGAUGCGGCCAAGUCUAGAGUAACCACGUGCGGUCGCAUCUUGACGGCCAAGGAUUUCCCUUCUCGUGCCGUUUCCGGAACCAAAAGAGCCGCUGACUCUGUUUCCCAAGAGGGUGCUUCUUCUCCUCCUGUCAGUCAGGUUGUGGGAUGGCCACCAAUUAGAGCCUCAAGGAUGUACAGCUUAGUUAACCAAGCAAAGACGCCAAGAUCUGAAGAGGAAAAGGUGGUUGCAGGGGACAAGGAAAAUUCCAAAGAUUUUGCUCUGAAUAAAAAAACCAACAAUGGUGGUAACACAAAUGUUGGUGUUAAGGAACUAGGGAACCUUGGAUUUGUGAAAGUGAACAUUGAUGGAAUAGCUAUUGGGAGGAAAGUGGACUUGAAUGCUCACACUUGCUAUGAAACCUUAGCACAAACGCUCGAGGACAUGUUCUUCCGGCCCGGCAUGACUCUGAAUUUGAAUGGUGGAGAGAAGGAGCAAGUAACAAAACCUUCUAAGCUUUUGGAUGGUUCCUCUGAGUUUGUUCUCACUUAUGAAGACAAAGAUGGUGAUUGGAUGCUUGUAGGAGAUGUCCCUUGGGGGAUGUUCUUGAGCUCGGUGAAAAGGCUCCGAAUCAUGAGGACCUCUGAGGCUAAUGGACUUGCUCCAAGAUGUCAAGAAAGGAAUGACAGACAAAGAAUCAAGCCUAUAUAGAAUCCUUUUACCCCCCUUGAUCUUUCCUUCUUUUUUGUAAGCCUGCUGAGAUGAAGAAACCCACAGUUUGACAACAGAAGCAAAGUGGAGAAAGUUGAUGAGACAAGAGUGUCUUUCUGAGAUUUGUCUUCAACCAGUUUAUGUUUGAUUUUUUUUUUUCCUUUUCUUUUCA